AUGGCGAUUCGCGUCCUGUCGAACCAGAAGCCAGCGGGGGCGGCGGCGGGGGGGAGGAAGGGCGGGGGAGCCGCGGCGGGGAGCCGGAUCCUCGUGUCUGUUAACGUGCUGGGCAGCGCGGGGCCGAUCCGGUUCGUGACCAGCGAGGGGGAGCUCGUGGCCACCGUUAUCUGCACGGCGCUUCGUUCCUACGCCCGCGAGGGGAGGCUUCCUGUUCUCGGCUCUGACCACAAUGAAUUCCUCCUCUUCUGCGCGCACUCCAACUACAUGGACGGUGAGCAUCUCAUUGAAAAUUCCUAUUGAAAGCGUGGAAAUCCGUCUCCUAUAUCAUGGCUAGACAAAUAAUCUUCUUCUCACCUGUUUUCUUUGUCCUUAAUUCUGGAAUAUCUACACAGAUUUAUUUCCGAUCGCCUUUUUUCUUCCUCGAUUUCGCCGCAUUCCUACCAUGAACAAGUUUCGUUUCGAUGGGUAUUUUUCCCCUUUGACCGUUUCAAUUCCUCGGAGACACUUAUUCGGUUUAUCUUGUUUCUUUAAUGGCAUGAGUUCGCGAAGUCUUGUUCUGACGGUGUUUGUUUCAUUGUCUCAGCGCUCAAUCCCAACGAGCCGAUCGGUGCCAACGGGGGCAGGAACUUUGUGUUGUGCAAGAAACAACUUCAGCAGCUUUCUCUCCCCGUGCCCAUGGUGGUCGCGGGUUCCACUGCUGUUAUCAAUGCGCAGCAGCAGUAUUCCCACUCCAUGGAGAAGAAGGCUGGAAAUGGUGGGAGUUGGAAGGCCUGGCUGAACAAGUCUUUCAAUUUCAAGAUCUCCUCCCACUAA